AUGUGGCUAGAGAGUGUGAUAUUAAUGAGUUAAAUUUUGGCUGGCACUUUUGAAAUAUUAGAUUUAAACCCUUAAAACUAAAGAUUAAAGAGAAUUAUCGCCAUACGAGAGAAUGAUUAUUAAUUAGACUAUUGUUUUACAUAUGGCUUAUGGUCAAAGUACAAUCCCCUUGGAAAAAUAAAUUAAGUAGGAUUGUUUGGAUUAUUUGAUGGCUAUUGCUAUCAUUUACAUAGUGCUUUAUCUUAAGAGACAUAAAGUUUAAAUCUUAUUUAUUAUGAUUGUUUAAACAAAUAAGAGAAAACAAUUAAAAAGACAAUAUAAUUUAUUAACAAUGAAGAAGAACAAUUAUAGUUUGAUUUAAUUAUAGACACAUUUGAAUACGAAAAUAUAUGGUACUUUAUGCAAAUAGUUUAAUGGCCUUAAUUAAAUAGAUUUGAGUUAAUUAUCACUAAAUAAUAAUAAUUAAAAAUUCAUGAAAUAAUUUAAAUUAAAAGGCCUUAUAGCGACAAGAAUUUGAUUUUGACAUUCGGAAGCAAUUUAAUUGUAGGUAAUUCUAAAAUAGCAAAUAUUAAAACUGGAGAAACCUUUUAGUAUUUUCCAGGUUUUAUUCGUAUAGAAGAUUAUAGUGAAUAAAAUUUAUCUCCUUAACUUGAUUUUAUAAGUAUUGCAUCUGAAAAUUAUAAUUCAUUUAAAACUUGUGUUUGUCAAUAGAAUGAAAAUUUAAACAUAAAUGAUCAAGUUUUAUCUGAUUAUCAAUAGAGCUUCUACAUAUCAUAAAAUUCAAAUUGUGAUUCUUUCAUAUUAUAAGGCUGGAUUAAAAUUAUAAAAAUAGUAUAGGUGUCAGAAGAGUUCAUAUAUUAAUUAAUUAAGAUUGGUGCAAACAUUGAAAAUUCAAUUAUAGAAGAUUAAAAUUUGUCUCCUUUUUAGAUGUAUUAUUAUUUAUCAAAAAAAGGAGAUCAUAUUGAAAUAACAACAUAUAGUUAUUUAUUUCCAGAUAUUUUAAUUGACUUUAAAGUUAACCCUUUUCUAAUUAGAGAUUAAUUAACAAUUACUAACAGCAUCAGUCUAUGGCAUUUUAUAAAAGCAGAAUUAAGAUUUAAUAAAAUAAAUAUAGAAUUAAUAUUUUAUGAUAGAGAAAACUUUGGUCAAAUUACAAAAUAAUAUGAGGUAAAUUAGUUUACAAAUUAUUAAUUGAAGGUGUAAUUUGGAAAUGGUUUAUAAUUAUAUUAAAAUUAAAUAGAAGUUGAAUUAAGAUAGUUUCAAUUUUAUAACUGCUAUUAAUAACUAAAUUAAUAAUAUUGUCAUUAUAGUUGUCUAACAUGUGAUGGUCCAACAAAUGAAAAUUGUUUAUCUUGUUCUGAAUCUUCUCAAAGGAUUUACUUAAGUGAGUUUAAGGUGUGUAUAUGUCCAUAUAAUACCCUAGAUGAAUUUGAAGUUUGUUAAACUUAUAUAGAUUCUGGUUUAACCCUUUUAAAUACAAAUAAAAUUCCUUAACAAUGUUAAUAAGGUUAUUUUGAGAUAGAUAAAGAGUGUUAUUAAUGGUAUAAUUUUAAUAAUCUUUUAGUCCAUCUAUUGUUAAAGAGAGUAUAAUUACAUGUCUUGAAUGCUACAGUAAUCCUCUUAAUUGGUAGUUUGAUCUUACAUGUUAGACAUCCCUCAUCUUAUUUCCUUUAGGAAGCAUAUAAGAUUCAUUAAUUCCAAUAGGUCAAGAUUAAUAUUAUUUUGAUGGCACUAAUCUCAAUUAUAGAUAUGAUUAUUAUGUCUAUUCAUCUAGAAUAAACUUAGAAAACAUUGAGAAUAUGUAUAAAGAGAUGGAAUUAAUUUUAUUCGGCUUUAAGCAUUUUUGUUAAUAACAAGAAUAUAGAAUAUCUAAUUCAACGUUGUGUUACUUAUGUAAAAAUUAACAUUGUUUAACUUGUAUUACUACUUUAACUGGUUUGUAAUGUCUUUAAUGUGAAAAUAGUUUCAUCCUAAUUAAUGGAAUUUGUAACUCAAUAAAUUUUACCAAGGACGAUCCUAUUUGUAUACCUCCUGAUUAUAUAUCAUAUUCAAGAUAAUGUAAAUAAUGCAUUAUCAAAAAUUGUAUCUAUUGUUUUGAAUACUUAAGCUACAGUUAAAAUUUUUGUUCCUUAUGGCCUUUUUCUUAAAUCGAUUAGAAUGAUUUAUAAUAUGUUAAAAUAGGGUGUGCAUUAUGUGAAAAUAAUUACAUUUUUGAUUUUACUAUUAACUUAUGCAUUCUUUAAAAACCUCAAUUACAAAAUUGUUUACGUUCUUUUAUAGAUUACAAUAAUAUAGAACUAUGUACAUUAUCAAAUGAACAAGAUUUUUCUAUAGCUCCUGAAAUAAUUUCAUGCUAGAAUUAUAUAUAAAAUUGUUAAUAAUGCUCUUUGAAUAUUAAAAGCAAAAUAUAAUGUGUAGUUUGUGAAAAUGGAUUUAUUGUAGAAAAUAAUCAAUGUCUUCCUAAUGAAGAAUUUAAAUUACCAGAUUAUCUAAUUUAAAGUUAAACAAGUAAAAUUCAAAGUUUUAUGCUCUAAUUUAUUCCGAUAUUAAAUAUAUAUCAAUAUAAGAAUUAUUUAUUACCGAAAGAAAAUUAGUUUGAAUAUUGUGGCUCUGAUUGUAUAGAUUGUGAUAGGCAUUCAUUUUAUAAUUGUAAUAAAUGUCCAUUAAAUUAUUUUAAAAAAUAAAUAAAAGCUGAGAGUGGUCGAAAUUGCUCAGAUUGUCCUUAAUUAUGUUAAGUCUGCAUUUCUCGAUCUGAUUUAGAAAUUAAAGUACUUAAAUAAAUAAUUUUAGGCUGUUUAACCAAAAUUUUUAAUCACUUAAGAUAAUGAAAUUUUUACAAAGAAAUGUAUUAAACCUUAUAUAGAUUCUGCAAUUUAUUUCGAUUCAUAUAAUUAGAUAUCUAAAUAUUGUUUUAAUAAGUAAUGUAAUGAUUCUUUUGCAUUCAGAUUUUCAUAUCAAUCAUGUGAUUUUUCAAGAUUUAAUCGAAACUAUGAACAAAAAAUCAACACAUAAUAUUGCAAUUCGGUUGGAAUUUAAUCUAUUGAUUUCUACUUUACUUUAGAAAUUCAGUCAGAUGAAUGCUAAUUAUUUUUUCCAUUAAUAUUUAAAACUCAACUUAAAUAAAAAAUUUUUACUUUAAGAAAAAUUCUUUUCAAAAUGUAAUCUUAAAAAUAAAUUUUAAUUCAACCUGUUUUAUAAACUUAAUUUAUUAACUUUGAUGAAGUUGAACUUAAUAAUUUAGAUUUUUCAACAAAAGAAAAUCACUAUUUUAUUCUAGAUAAUAAUUUGAAUUCAAUAAAUCUAACAUUAAUAAACAUAACUUUUGAUUUUAGUUUAUUUAAUAAUCUUAGUUCAUUAUUUUAAUCUGCAAAUUUUGAUAUAAUUAAUCUUACUAAUAUCACAAUUUCAAAUUCUAUUUUAAACAAUGCUUCAAUUUUUAAACUAGAAUAAUAGAUUUAAAAUGGAUCUGUUAAUAUUAAUAGUUUAAUUAUAUUAAAUUGUACCUUUAAUAAUUCAACUUUAUUUUAUAUCUCUAAUAUUUAAACUAAAAUAAUUAUUUAAAAUUUUAGAAUGGAAAAUUGUCAAUUAUUUCAUUCAUAGAUUUUUCAUUUAGCAACUUAGAUAUUUAGUUCAAUUUUGCUUAGUGUAACUGAAUUGUCAGUGUAAAAUAAUCAUAUACAAAAUUCUAUGUUUAUUAAUUGCACUAAUUUUAUAGAAUUAAGGCUAAUUCAUUUUAAGUUUUAAUACAAUAAUCUUUCCAAUUCAAUAAUAAUAGGUGUUCAUUUUAAAUUUGAAUUAAAUUAAAUUUUAAUCAAAUAAAACUUAUUUCUUUCUUCAUAAUUUUUUGUUCUAGUUUAGAAAUUAUCUGUUGAAAAAGUAAAUUGUUUAUUAAAUAACAUAAAAAUAAUUGAAAAUAAAUUUUAAACAUCCAACUUAAUUAUGAUAUACUCAACAUUGGCAAGCAAUGAUCUUUUUCUCUAUGUAGAAAAUACAUAUAUAAAUCGUAAUUCUAAAUUAACUAGUCAAAGUGGAUUUGAAAGCUUAUUUCAUUUAAAUUGCCAUUAAUUAUUUUUUAAGAUGAUAAUUGUAAAUAAUAGCAACCUUAUAAUUUUAUUUUUAACUGAAAAUUAAUACAUAUAAAUUGAAAAUCUAAAAUAUUCUGAUUCAUAAAAUGAUUAUAAGAUACCUUUACCUUUUACAUUUUCUGAAUAAAAUUUAAAUCAAACAAAUAAACUAAUUGUUAUUAAAGGUAUAAAUUUCAUAUCAAUUUAUGAUUUGAAGGUUGAAAAUUACACAAGUUUUGAUGAAUCAUUAAUCGAUAUAAGUUAAAGCUGUUAAUUGAAGGAAAAUAAAAUUGGAUAAAUCCAUCUUCAAAAUAUUACAUUUAAAAAUAAUAUUUUAAUAUAAAUACAUUAAAUUUAUAGAUUGUCUCUAUUGAGUUUGGAAUCUGAUUAAUUAAUAUAAGUUUUUAUUUAGAACAUUACUUUUAUUUAGAAUAUUUUUCAUUCUUACGCAAAUUUUGAAUUAAGAACUUCAGGUAGUUUGCUAUUUAUUUUUUCUUCUUUAAGUUCUAUAGAGAUUUAUAAUUUUUUGAGCUAUUAUAAUGUUUUAACUAAUUCGUCUAGUGCUUUUGUUACAAUAUGUUCAGAUCAACUAAAAUUUAAUAAUUACACAAUUCAAUAUCAAAAUUACCUAAGUUAACAAUAAUGGGAUAAAUAUUAUGAUAUUAAAUGGAUGGAAAAUCAAAAUUAUGAAAAUUUUAACAAUGUCAUUUUUUCAAAUUUAAAUAUAAGCAAUAUGGGUGGAGCAGGGAAAUUACAAGCUUCAGUUAUUUACUGCCUUAAUUGCUUUUUUGAAUAUAUAUUGUCUUAAAAAAGUUUCGCGUUUGAUAUUACAACUACUGGGUAAGGUAAUAUCAGUUUAGUAAAUUUGACUGUUAAAAAUGCAGAAAAUAAUUUGGAGUCAAGAGAAAAUAAUUAAGGAUGUAUAAAUAUUAAUUCAGUUAAUAGUUAAUUGAAUUUAAUGAUAAACAACGCCAAGUUUGUAAAUAUAUAAAAUAGAAUGGCAACUUCAAUUUUAACAAUAUCUCCUUCACAAAUUUCUAACUAUUUAAUUUUAAAGAAUGUUAAAAUUGAGAAUUGUUUUUCUUUGCUAAAUCCGAUUAUGAAAAUCUAAUUCUCAUAAUUAAUAGCAAAUAAAAAUUUUGUUAACCUGAAAAAUUUAAACAUUAUUUAAAAUUUUGAAAUGUGGAACUUCUAUUUUUCUAAGAUUAAGACUUUAUCAAAUCAGGAAUUAAAUGAGAUUGUUAAUGAAAAUAAUGCAUUAAUUUCAAUUGAAAGUGGAAAUGUAUCAUUAACAGGAAUAUUAAUAGAAGGAACUUAUAUUUCCCCUAUAAUGAAAUUUUAAAAUGUUAUUCUACUUUCAGUAGUAUAGCUAAGAAUGGAGAAUGUUAUUUUAUUGUAUUAGUUAACACUUAUAGAUGUUUCACAAUUAGUAAAGAUAAAAUCAAUAAUAAAAUUUUAAUAGAUAGAGAUUAAGAACCUUUCUGUUUAUGAAAUUUUAAUUUAACCUAAUAAGAAUUAAGAUCAAAAAUAUGAUUUUAAUUAACAAAAACCAAUUGAAAAGUCAUUUUUACUAGAUUAUUUUAAAGAAAAUGUUUUGUUGUUACAAUCACUUUAUUAGGAUUAUAUUUCUAUUUUCCAUAUCAAAAGCUUUUCAAAUUAAAAUUCUUUUUAUUUUAAUUCAAUUAAAUUAAUAAAUAACAAUUGUUAACAGUGCUAGAAUGGAAUGAUGUUUUUCUAGAUAGAUGAGUUAAAAUAAAUAAAAAUUUCAAACUUAAAUUGUAUUUUUAACAAAAUUAAAACAUUUGGUUGUCUUUAUUUUGUUAGAAAAAAAUACAAUUAAUCUAAAAUCAUUAUCUAUAAUUCUAAUUUUUUAUUUAAUACAGGUACCUAAGGUAUAGCAAUUAGCUGUGUAAACACUUAUUUAAAAAUGUUUUCAGGUAAUAUAGUUUAUAAUUCUGCUUCUGGAGUUGGAGGUGGUAUUUAUUUUGAGAGUAACUAAGGUAAUUUUAUUUUUAAUAGAUCAAUUAUUAUUUUUAAUAAAGCAAAGAGAGGAGGAGGUAUUUAUUUUUAAGGAAGAAGCUCAUUAAAUUUGAAUAAUUUUAUCAAUUCUUUAUUAUUAUUUAAUAAAGCUAUAGAAUAAGGUAAUAAUCUUAUAGAAAUACCAGCUCAUUUGGCUCUCUAAAUAAAUUCUCAGGAUAUACCUUCAUCUUCUCAAAAAAUUAAUUAAAUUUAAACCAACCAAAUGAAAUUAUAACCUUAUAAAAUAAUUGAAUAAGGAUAGGUCCGUGAAUUUAAUGAUUUAAUAAUACCAAGCAAUCAAAUAAUUAAAAAUUUUGAGAUUUUCGAUUUAAAAUAAUCUAGAUAUAAAUUAUUCAUUGAAAACAUUCAUUUAUAUUAUAAAAAUAGUAGAAAUGAAAUAUUGUAAAAUAUCUUUAAUUCAACUUGUUAAGUAAAUUAAACAAUAUUCACAAAAAGUCUAUCCUAAAUUGAAAAUUAAAAAAAAAACCAAAUUUUUUAAUUUGGUAAUGAAAAAAAUUAUUUUGAUGUAUCUGCUUUAGAAUUUACUUUAGAUCCAUUUGAAUAAAAUUAUGAAUAUUUAUAAAUUUCAAUAUUUUGUAAAUUUAUUGAAUAAGAAAAUGGUCUAAUGUAUAAAAUAAAUGUAAAAAGCAUACAAUGCUAAUUAGGAGAGUUUUAUAUUAAUGAAGGAUGUCAAAUAUGCCAAUCAAAUCAAGGAUUUUAUUCUGUUACUUAUAAUACGACAAAAUGUUCAAUUUUUGAUAAGACAAAGUUUUCAAAUAUUACAGCAAAUAUGAUAGAAUUGCUUCCUGGAUAUUGGAGACCAGAUAAUUUAUCAGAUUUUACAGAAAAAUGUUUUAAAAAUUAAGCUUUUUGCUAAGGAGGAUGGUUUGUAGGAUAAAAUCUUUGCAUUCCUGGGCAUAUCGGAGCAUUAUGUGAAGAAUGUGAUAUUCAUAAUAUUAGAGGAUUUGGUAAUUAUUUUAAGAAUUAAUGGGAUUAAUAUUGUUAUUAUUGUUAAGAUACAUGGAAUGAUUUAUUGUCUCUUAUCCUUAUUAUUUUUUGGUAAUUAAACUAUCUUAUUCUAGGGCUUUUUUAUCAAUUGGAUUAUCUCUAAAAAGUUUUAAUAAAUCGAAUAUCUUAUUUGCCUAACUAAAAUUGGUGAGAAGAUAUAAUAAAAUCUUAUUUAAAUUAAAUUAAGGUAAAAAUAUGAUUAAUUUUAGACCAUGAAGGCAUUCUUAUUAAAUUAAUGAUAAAUUAUUUAUGGAUUUUUUCAGUGAUAUUUACAUUUAAUAUCAGCUUUUCUUUCUCAUUUUAAUUUAUUGAGCAAACCAGUAAUAGUUCUUAUUCUUUAGCAAGUUAAUUAGAUUGUCAAUUAUAAAAAAUAAGUAAAAUUCCCAUAAUUUAUUUAAAACUCUUUACUUUGAUAACUUUUAUUGUAUCAUAAUUUAAUAUUAUAUUUAUGGCAUCAUAUUGGUAUUCAAAAAGGAUGAAAUAUAAAUAUGAUCUCAGUAUACUGACAAAUACAUUACUUUAUUUGUAUAUUGUAAAUUAUGCAGGUUUGAUGAAAAUGUAUAUAUAUUUAUUUAUUUUUAGGUUAUCAUCUAUAGUUUCAGUUAGAGAAAUAUCUAAUAUUCUUUACAUUUAGGGUGAUGUCACAUUAUUAUUUGGAAAUUAAAGUCAUAAAUUUUGGAUUUACUAUUUUAUUUUACCAGGAUUAAUAUUUUUUGGAUGUGUAAUUCCUAUAAUUAUAUUCUUGUUUUUGUUAGUAAAUAGAAAUAAUAUUGAUUAAAUUAAACUUAGAAAACAUAUAUGCUUUUUGCUAAAUGAAUACGAGAAUUAAUCUUACUUUUGGGAAUAAAUCAAAUAAUUAAAAAAAGCUUUAAUAAUUUUAAUUUUGACACAUUUUGAAACUUAAAUUUUAUUUAAAGCUUCUUUAUUAGGGUUGUGUUUGUUGAUUUAUUAAAUAUUAGCAGCUUAUUAAAAACCAUUUGUUACCAAUAAAUUUAAUUCUUUAGAUUUAGAAGCCGGAUAAAUUUGCUCCAUUUCAAUUUUUUUGGCUGCGAUUAAAUACCUAUGCGAACAAUAAAAUAAGAUUGAAGCUUAAAUUGUUAUUUAAAUUUUAAUAAUUGCUUUAUUUAUGAAGCUGUGCUUUCCUUUUGUAGAAAACAUCUUUCGAAUUUACAACAAGAAAUAUAAAAAACUAUUUUUAACUGUUUUAUUGAAUUUUUUUUAAUUUUUUGGUUCAAAUUUCAUUUUAACAAUGUAUUUAAAUAAGACUUUAAAAUAAUAAAAAGAAAAAGAAUAAAGAUUAUAAAAUAACUUUAUAAAAUUAAGAGACUAUUUAAUAAAUUUUACUAAAAUUUAAUAAAGAAAUACAAAGUAUAUGUAUUAUUAACAAUUGUUUAGAUAAAUAAUCUUCCAGAAUAGUUUAGAUAGAAUUUAAACAAUUAGAUCAAAUAGAUCUAAUUUUGAAAAAAUCUAUUUUUUAGGAACAGGGGAAGAGAAUAAUCAUAUAAUUUGA